AUGGCUAAGGAUAAGUUUGAAAUCAGUGAUGAUGAUAUUGUAAUCAAGCAUGGGGCCAUUCCAUCUGUUGAAUUUUCUGAAAGGACUGCUGUGAUUAUCAAGCUAAAGGCUCCAAUGAGUUUAAUAGAUAUGGAAAGCAAUUAUUUCAUUGUGAAAUUUCUUCUUGAGGAAGAUAAGAGGUUUAAUGCUAAAGAAGAGAGGGUUAUUAUUACUUAUCCUACUAAUUUGGUUGCUGAGAUUCCAGCUAAGAUGCAUGGUCAAUGGAUGCUGAUGAAGCCUAAGAAUUUCAGAUUGAAGAAGUCUGAUAAGGCUAGUGGUGUGAUGAUUUCAACUACCCAGUCAAGAUCUAGAUUUAAUAUUUUGAGGGAUGACGAUGGUAUGGACGAUGAGGAUGAUAGUUUCACUCCUAGUCCUUUUAGUUUCAAGAAGGCUUCUAAACUAGUUGCUUAA